AUGUCGUCCUCCUCGUCCAAGGUCGGCGCAAGCCCGCCUGCCGUGGACUCGAAGCGGCUGGAGAGCAACCAGCUGUCCAGCGUCGAAGACACCGCCGACCACCUCCUCGAGACGCUCGGCUACACGCCCGAGCUGUCGCGCAAUCGAUCGACGGCCCAGGUCGCCUUCAUGUCCUUUGUCCUCGCCUCGAUCCCGUACGGUCUGGCCACGACGUUAUACUACCCGCUGCUGGGAGGAGGUCCUGUUGACAUUAUCUGGGGAUGGGUCCUGGUCUCUCUCAUCAUCAUCUGCGUCGCUGCCUCGCUGGGUGAAAUCACGAGUGUCUAUCCUACUGCCGGAGGUGUCUACUAUCAAGCCUUUAUGCUGGCCUCUCCCAAGUGGAGGCGCAUUGCAAGCUGGAUCACCGGUUGGCUCUUCAUCGUUGGCAAUAUCACAAUCACCCUGGCCGUCAACUUUGGCAGCACCUUGUUCUUCGUUUCGUGCAUUAAUGUGUUCGAGAAGGAGCCUGGUGUUGGCAUCUUUGCCGGUGAAACAUGGCAGAUUUUCCUCAUCUUCUUGGCUCUGACCUUUUUCUGCAAUGCCGUGUCUGCCUUUGGCAAUAAGUGGCUCCCUUGGCUAGACACUGCUGCUGUUUUCUGGACAUUCGCCGGUGUCAUUGCCCUCAUGGUCACCAUUCUGGUCCUUGCCAAGGAGGGUCGAAACGAUGCCAAAUGGGUGUUUGGCCACUUUGAGUCCUUCUCCGGCUGGCCUAGCGGAUGGUCUUUCUGCGUUGGCCUGCUUCACGCUGCCUAUGCCACCUCUUCAACCGGAAUGAUUAUUUCUAUGUGCGAAGAAGUCAGAGACCCUGCCACCCAGGUCCCCAAGGCCAUGGUUGCCACCAUCGUCAUCAACACCAUUGCCGGCCUCCUGUUCCUCGUCCCUCUUGUCUUCGUCAUUGACGACCUGCAGGCCCUCGCCGAGCUUGUUAGCGCCCAGCCCGUGCCUCCCAUCAUCAAGUCCGCCGUCGGCUCUUCUGGCGGUGCCAUUGGCCUCCUCAUCCCCAUCAUGGUCCUCGCCGUCAUGUGCGGUAUUGGCUGCACCACCGCCGCGUCUCGUUGCACUUGGGCUUUUGCUCGUGAUGGUGCCAUCCCAGGCUCCAAGUGGUGGGUCAAGGUCAACAAGACUCUGGACGUGCCUCUCAACGCCAUGAUGCUCAGCAUGGUGGUACAAAUCAUCCUCGGAGUCAUCUACUUUGGCUCUUCCGCCGCCUUCAACGCCUUCUCCGGCGUCGGCGUCAUUUGCCUGACGGCCGCAUAUGGAACUCCCGUUGCCAUCAGUCUGCUGAGCGGAAGGAAGCAAGUCCGCAGGGGCAAGUUCUAUCUCGGCCACCUUGGUACUUUCUGCAACGUUAUCACAGUUGCCUGGUCCCUGCUUGCCAUGCCGCUGUUUUGCAUGCCGACUGUCAUCCCCGUCACAGCCGAGACAGUCAACUAUGCUCCCGUUGUGUUCGUUGCCGCGAUGCUCGUCUCCGGUAUCUGGUACUGGGCCUGGGGCCACAAGAACUAUGCCGGCCCGCCUGUGCACGAGGAUUAA